UUAGGCAAAGUUCAGGUGUUAUCAUAUUACAAAAUCAAGGCGCCUAUUCUUUUUGCUGGCGAACCGAUCUAUGAUUGUAUUCAGGUCUAUUUUAAUAUCGCUAUGCAUAUACAAAAGAGCUAAACCUAUCAAUCGCUCUUGUAACAUAGUGGAGCGCAGCCAAGUUUUUAUCCUCUUUAGAUGGAAGAAACUUCUUUCCGAUGUCGCAACACUUACCGGCAAUGAAAUCAAUAAUUGUAGGCAUCUAUUAAUUGAAGGAAAAAUGUUUUCAUCACAUGAUGAAUACAGUGACAUUCUACUGUCUAUAAUAUCUUACUUAUUAAAUUUUUGUUUUCGUUACUAUUUAGUCCAUGCAAAUAUUUAGAUAUUGUUUCUAAUAUAUACAUUACUUCAGCUUCAGUUUUUCAAUUAAAUACUGACGCAAAGAAAAUAUUAAAAUUGUAUAUAUUCAAAGCAAAUCCUGUAAUAUAUUAUCUAGCAAAG